UCUGCAUGCGCUUGAACCAAUUUUCGAAACACUUAUUCCACUCGUUUGCUGUCCGAUCCAAAACGGCAUUUUUGAAUGCGUCAACUGCUUCUUCUGGUGACUGGAACCUUUGA